AUGGCCUGGAACUCGCCAAAACGGGUCAACUUUACGAGUUUUGAGUGCAAUGGACGUAAGGCACAAAUCACGAACCAUGUUUGGUCUGGAUCCAGGGAAAAUCCGUCUCCUUCAUUUGCUAAGAGCGACACAACUAACUUAGGUAAUAUUUUCCAUCGCUGUUGUUAUAGAAAUAAAUUCGCUUAGCUUAUUGACAAUGAUCUUAUACGUUUCCAUGGCUAUCGUGUCGAAAACUCCAUAACAUGUAUUCAACUUUACUUUGAUAGAAUCUGUUCUUUAAUGUCCUCUUUGUAAACAGCAAAUCCAAAGGUCGCAAAGCAGCCAGUCGGUUAAGCUUUCCCACGAUUUCUUCUGAUGGCAAUUUUAUAGUUUUGAUUGCCGUGGGUUGGGCGGGGAGGGGGAGGGGGAGGGCAGAUAAGAGGAGAAAAAAGCAAAAGCCCUGGGUAAAGGACGGGGAGAGGGAGCCUUCAUUUUCUCUUUCCAGUUCCCCUUUUUGUCCUUCCCUCUACACGUCUUUCAACUCAGGCUACCGUGUUUUUUUACUGUAAAUAUAAUCUUUUUUGUUAUUUUAAUAUCUGCAGUCACACGUGAAGAGUCGAAAAGCUGCUUGAACGAAAACUCGAGAGGUCUCGUUAGAAUAUCAGCUACUGGGUUUGCACAUUGUCGCCGCGGCAUAACUAACCUUGGUUUCUCUAACGAAGAGUGUGAAUUCAUAGCUUCGCGACAACGAGCUACGAACUAUCUCUUCUACCUGUACAACGAUAGAGGACAACCUGUGUCGAGAAAUGAGACGAGAAAAAGCUCAAGAUAUUUAAAAUCAAGUCCGGAAAGCUCAUGGCGUGUCAAAAGUGCUCCUGUAGAGACAGUUACAAAGGUUUUGAUUGGCGAUAACCGCGUCUGUACUUCAGCACUGACCAGAGGAAAGGCGAGAGUAGGAAGAAAGGCUUCAUUUCGCAGUGCAAGCUUUGCACAGCGGCUGAAUCAGAAAACCAUGGAUGAGUCUCCAGGUACAAUAAUUGUUCGAAGCUUGAAUCAACAUUUGUCGCCAUCAGAGCGUUUGGAACGUUACCUAAUACGCUUACAAAGAGAAGGCUAUCUAACAAGUGCACGUAAAGAUCGGCGGAAAAACUUUGACACGCAAUUAGGCACAGAACUGACACACAAAGGAGUUAUGAGUUUGAGAUCAAAGUUCCUACCCCACCCUCCUGUGUACUUGUUUCAAAAGGGACAGUGA